AUGUCCUCGAGCGAACUCCAGGUAGUCUUUGGCGGAGGCCCUUUUGGCAACUAUGAGCCAUUCAUCACCACCGAAGGUAUUCAGCGUGCCUUCUCCAUCCUCAAGAAGCAUGGUGUCACCAGACUUGAUACUGCCCAAAUAUAUGGACAGUCCGAAACAGUCCUGGGGGCCAAUCACGCCGGUGACUCUUUCACACUUGAUACCAAAUGGGCUGCCGGGUUCCAACCUGGCAGCGCCAAACACGAUAACAUCGUUGCCUCGGCCAAGGAGAGCAUUCGAAAGUUGGGGGUCAAGCAGGUCGAUAUCUUCUACCUCCAUAGCCCCGACGUCGACACGCCAGACGAGGAGACCCUGGCUGGCAUCCAAGAGGUUUAUAAGCUCGGUCUCUUCAAGCGACUUGGACUGAGUAAUUACACGGCAGCACACGUGGAAAAAAUGUACAAUUUGGCCAAAGAGAAGGGCUACGUCCUUCCGUCGGUAUACCAGGGCAACUACAACCCCGUAGCUCGAAGACAAGACACGGAACUCUUCCCCACGCUUCGCAAGCUGAAUAUGUCCUUUUUCGCCUACAGCCCUCUUGCCGGCGGCUUUUUGACCAAGACAGCUCAGCAGAUUAAGGACGGCGCAGGUCGCUUUGGCGAUGCUCUGGGUGGUCUGUACAAGAGCCUGUACGCAAGACCUUCUUACAUUAAAGCCUUAGAGAAAUGGGAGCAAAUCGCCAAGCAGGAGGGAAUCCCACGUGCUGAGCUGGCCUAUCGAUGGGUCGUCUACCACAGCCAGCUGAACAAGGAUCUGGGGGAUGCCAUCAUCUUUGGCGCUCGUGACUUUGAUCAACUGGAGGAGACGUUAGUCAGCGUCAGGAAAGGAAAACUGAGCGAAGCAGCUCUGAAAGGCAUCAAUGAGGUUUGGGAAGAAAUCAAGCACGAGGCACCCCUGGACAACUAUCACAAGCAGUAG